UGACAAAACCGGAACACUGACUACAGGCAGAACGGAAGUGAGGCAGCCACAUACACAAACGAAACUGCAGCAAUUUCCUGAGCACCCAUACUUACACGCUCAUCGAUGUGCACAGGUGUGCAAGAGUAGACUCCUAUGCCCGAGUGUCUUUCUCUCCAAAUAGAUGAAUAUCGAUAAAUCUGUCGGGUCCCACAGGUGAGUAUGAAAUACAUGAAAUGCGCAUACGUAGACAGCAGAGACGUGAGUCCAGAAGACUACCAAUGUUCAAGGAUGGGCACUUUCUGAGAGGCGUCAAGGUAUGCAUGCAUGUAUAGCAUAUAUAGACUAUGCACAGACUGGGCGUCCGUAUUUCCAUUUGUAGGUAGGUGGUUCUAUGAGCCUUUCGUCUCUAGAUAUCGUGGAUUCGUCGAUCGCACGAUAGCGGCUCACGUAGAGAAUAAUAGGGAAGUCUGGGGAUUCAAGUACUUUUCACACGAGAAAUCAAUGUCAGAAGUAUGCGGUGCACUGUUCAGGUCGCCACUGCUCUGCUUUCCCUCCAAAACAUUGAAAGGUACCUGCUUCCUUUCUACACCUCUCAGUUCCAACAGGAGAAUAAAAACAGAAACGCCUCUUGUUCUUCUUCAGAAGAUAUCCAUCUGCUGCCCCUUGAGACACCAGCACCGGAGCGAUUCUCUGAGUCCCCACAUCGCCUUUUCCUCCCCUACGUUCCACGUACACAUUCGGCCUAUUGUCCUCCCCGUCUCUCUUCCUCGCCUUUGGUUUCUCCUUAUUCCUGCUCUCCUUCUCUCUCAUGUCGCGGGUCUUCUUCACCUCCUUCUCCUCUGGACCUUCUUGACUCUUCCAGCGUCCCAAGCGACGAAACCUCCGAGAAGGAACCACAGCCACAAAUACAUUUAGACGCGCCUCAGUUCCUCGAAAAGCUCUCAGCCUCCACCGCUUUUUCUGUCUCUCCUUUACAAGCGAAGGCUAUGCCUGAGGCCGAGCGCGCAUUUUGGUGGGCCUUCGCGAGCGCAGAAGCAGGGAUCAGCCACUCUGUUGCUCACGCAGUCACAGAGUUCUACGGUGCUUUGCAGAAAGAGGGACUUGCAGAUCCUUCUGUUUUCUCUCUCGCACGAACGAUGAAGCACUCCGACGCUGCUUCGCCUUCGGAGAACGACAGUCUCCCCACUGUGCCCGGUUCUUCCCUAGGCGCCGGGGACCUGGUGUCUGAACACAGCGGUAGAACCCCCUCCAAUCGGCAUUUGCCAUCUUCGACAGAGAGCAAGACGCAAGUGUGCACCGCCUCCCUCAACGCUCCUUCGCAAGAUUUAUUCCCUGACAUUUCCCUUCCUUUUUCUCGCGAAACGUUCCCCGGUAAAGGCCUCGCUGUCGCCUUCCGUUCUCCACAUAGCCACACUUGCCCCUCCACUCUUCACCUCGUUAUCGGCGCGCCGGACUUUGCCUGCACGAGCCUCGCUCCCGCCAGUGUGGGCGACUUUGAAGCCGCGGAAGAAGACAUCAGAACAGACAGAAAACAAGACGGCAAGCAAGCCUGCUCGUUCUCGGCCAUUCCUGACGCGUUUCGCUUCUUGGUUGACACCACAGAGGAGGUCAAGCCUGGUCACCCUGUCUGUGGAACUACACCCGUCUCCGACAGCGAAGCAACGCUUGCAGAGGACCAGAUCCUACGCGAGUGGAUCGCUCACCAGCAAGCGAGUACUGGAACGGUGGUCGUGAUGCGCGCGGUCGUGGGCGUCGAGGUCGGGACCGGAGCAGGGGGGUACACAGCGCAUGCGUACAAAUCUGUUUUCUUGGGCGCGGCUGCGCUUUCGGACGAGAUUUCGCCGGGCGCCGAAGCCGCUCUUUCGCACUUGAGAGACUCGCUGAAAGUGGAUCUCUUCGUCUGCACGGGAGACAACCGGCGAACAGCGCUGAGGGUGGCAAAGACCUUCGGCAUUCCAUCGAGACAUGUCUUGGCAGAGGCGCUGCCUCACGAGAAAGCAGCCUUUCUUCGUUCGCUGCAGACCGACCGAAAUGGUCGCAGAGCAGCCAGAAGGCAAGGGAGACGCAAAAUGAAGAGCGACGCACGGAGAGAAGAGUGGAGAGGCGAGGGCAUGCAGCCAAGGAUGAAGCCGCGAGCCGGAAAGCGCGACAGACUGAGAGUGGUUCCUCUGUACCGGGAAGUUCCCAGAGCAGAGGAGGGCAAUUCGAAGAGGCACGUGAGGCUGCGAAAGGAAACAGAAACGCCAUCGACUGCUUCUCUGUUUUGCCGGAAAGUUCUUGCGUUUUUCCACACGCAAAGGCCCUGCUGCAGGAGCCUUUCUCAAAACGGAUCUUACGACCUGGAAAAGGAAACAGAAAAAAGCCAAGUCGGCAGCAGCUCUCGGCCUCCUGUACCCGCCAAUUGUGCAUCUUACGGCAACGAGCGCCAAGGAGACCUAGAGGGAAAAAGAGAACGCGACUUCGCACGACCAGAAAGCCAGGAAACGGAGGAAGGAGACAGAGCUACAGAUGGACAGUCAGACGAGGAAGAGAGAGAAGAAAAAGAGAGAGGAGAGAAAGGCAAAACAGGAAAGGUGCAGACACUUGUCACGAGGACAGAAGGCGAGGCACACCCCGGCAGACACAGAGACAAAACAACAGCGAGAAACAAGAAACCGAUGAGGGUCAAAUGCCCGUGGAUCCGGGAGGAAACACGAGAGAGACAUCUGAAGUCGCGAGAGAACAGAAGUCCGAAGGCUUCCGGAAAAGACAAGAGAAAGUCACGAAAACGCGGAAAAAUCUGCUGCAUGGUUGGCGACGGUGUGAACGACGCUCCCGCCCUCGCCGCCGCCGAUAUCGGCAUCGCAGUCGGCAUGUCUGCCCCUGUCUCUCUCAUGACAGCUGAUGCGGUUCUCCUCGCAGGCUCUCUCAACCAAUUCGUCAACUUCUUGAGGCUUGCCAAACAAACAAGAAAAAUCAUCUACUGGAAUUUCGCUUGGGCGUUGGGAUUCAACCUGUUGGCUCUGCCUCUCGCAGCAGGCGUCUUUUAUCCUCACGUCAGCGUGCAUCCUCUCGCAGCAGCUGUGGCUAUGGCCCUCAGCUGUGUUCUCGUCCUGCUAAAUGCGUCCAGUUUAGCUCGUUUUCCAAAGUAUUCGGAAACACAGACGACUGAGGAAAGGGCCAGAAACGCGUGAGAGAAGAAGAGUUAAAAGCGGACGGAGAAACACAGCGGGUCUCCAUUAACUGUGGAGAGCGACACGAGAGAUCUGCUGUUAGAAAACGCCGCGGAAGGAACGCGCGACAAGAACCAUGCGCCGUGCGAGAGGAAAGAGAGAUGCUUUUGCGAGCUUCAAUCCCGUACCAGACGCCUUGAUUUAGAGACCGACGUCGGCUGACAACGCAAGCUAAAAAAUUGGCGGAUGCCGACAUUCUACGACAUCAAGGUUACUCCACGUCGGUGACGUUCUAGGCGUACUUUACGAACAAGACUACUUUUUGGUUAGAGCAGAAGGCUCGUAUUGAGACGCGUCUCCACUGCAACAGCUGUGACUGAAGAGAGACAAACUCGCGACACUGAGAGCAAGCUAACGGAAAUCCGGUGACCUGGACUUUUUUAACAAGACAGAUACU